GGGUGGUGUGUCGACGCUGCCCACCCACUGUAUUUUUGGAUGUGGGAUCUCCUGAAUUAAGCGAAAGCUGGAAUAAAGAUGUAGUGUGAGCUGGUGGAAGGAGGGGGACAGAACAAGGAGAGCGCUGUCCUGAGGAGAGGAGAGGAGAGAGGAGAGGAGAGGAGAGGAGAGGAGAGAGGAGAGGAGAGGAGAGGGCUGGACGUCCUGCCUCCACGGACGGACCAGGAGGACUGAGAUCAGGGGGGAGUCCUGAGGGGGAGCCGGACACACAGGGUCCACUGGAUCAGGAAGAUGCCCUCUCGCUGCAGAAAUGCGCUGAACAUCGUGGUCACCACCCUUUUUGCUGCGGUGGUCCUCUUCACCAUCCUGCUGGCCUAUGUGACAGGCUACCAGUUCAUCCACACUGAGCAGCACCACCUCUCCUUCGGCCUCUAUGGCGCCUUCCUCUCCCUCCACCUCUUCCUCCAGAGCCUGUUUGCCUUCUUGGAGCACCGGCGGAUGAGGAGCCCGGCCAGGCCUCAGCACCUGCGCCGCUCAGUGGCGUUGUGCAUCGCGGCCUAUCAGGAGGACCCGGACUACCUGAGGAAGUGUCUGCGCAGCGUCCGCAGGAUCUCCUUCCCCGGGCUGAAGGUGGUGCUGGUGGUGGACGGGAACCGGCCUGAGGACCGCUACAUGAUGGACAUUUUCCAGGAGGUGAUGGGCGGAGCCGACCAGUCCGGAUGUAUGGUGUGGAAGGGAAACUUCCACAGCGACGGCAGCGGUGGAGGAGGUGUCAGCAGAGGAGGGAGGAACACGGUCCACAUGGAGGAGGCGGCCCGGGUGGCCCGGCUGGUCAGAGGCUGCCGUUACUCCUGCAUCAUGCAGGAGUGGGGGGGAAAGAGGGAGGUGAUGUACACCGCCUUUAAAGCACUGGGGGACAGUGUGGAUUAUGUUCAGGUGUGUGACUCCGACACAGUACUGGACCCAGCGUGUACCAUAGAAAUGCUGAAAAUCCUGGAGGAAGAUCCGAUGGUGGGAGGGGUCGGUGGAGAUGUGCAGAUUCUAAACAAGUACGACUCUUGGAUCUCCUUCCUGAGCAGCGUGCGUUACUGGAUGGCCUUCAACAUCGAGCGGGCCUGCCAGUCGUACUUCGGGUGCGUUCAGUGCAUCAGUGGUCCUCUGGGAAUGUACAGGAACUCCCUCCUCCAGCGCUUCCUCGAGCCCUGGUACCAUCAAACCUUCUUGGGGUCCAAAUGCAGCUUUGGAGACGACCGCCACCUCACCAACCGGGUUCUGAGCUUCGGCUACAAAACCAAAUUCACCGCCCGAUCCCAGUGCCAGACUGAAACUCCCACCCAGUACCUGCGAUGGCUCAACCAGCAAACUCGAUGGAGCAAGUCCUACUUCCGUGAGUGGCUCUACAACGCUCUGUGGUUCCACAAGCACAACCUCUGGAUGACGUACGAGUCUGUCGUCACCGGUUUCUUCCCCUUUUUCCUGGUCGCCACAGUCAUCCACCUCUUCUACCGUGGACGGUUGUGGAACAUCCUGCUCUUCCUGUUGACGGUUCAGCUGGUCGGGAUGGUCAAGGCCACAUACGCCUGUUUCCUUCGUGGAAGUUUAGUCAUGAUCUUCAUGUCACUCUACUCUCUGCUCUACAUGUCCAGCCUCCUCCCUGCCAAAAUAUUCGCCUUGCUCACCAUCAACAAGGCCGGAUGGGGAACUUCAGGACGCAGAAAGAUUGUCGUGAACCUAAUCGGUGCUGUACCGGUCACGGUGUGGGCUCUGGUGCUGCUGGGAGGUGUGGUUUAUACAAUAUACUGUGAAACACAAGAGCCGUUUAGUGAGACAGAGAAAGCCUUGUUGAUAGCAGGGACUGUCCUCUACGCCUGCUACUGGUUCAUUCUGCUGGUGCUUUACCUGGCAAUCGUAGCCAAGAGGUGUAACAAGAGGGAGGAACAGUAUCACCUGCCAUACGCCGAGGCAUAAACCUGUCCCCAGACACUGGUAGAGUAUCUGCACCAGGUUUCACUGCAGUAUGAUUCUAGCGAGGUCACCAGAGACCCCGAGGACUGCUAGAGUGAUGAGCUGUGAGCCAGCUCCUCACCACUGGUGCUAAAAAACAAAGGUGGAAAUCCUCAAUCUGAGCAGCAGAAACCGGAUCCAGUUGUGGGAGACUUGAAGAUAACUGGAUGCAAACGGCUCUCUCACUUAUUUCAUUUCGGUGCUUCAUCAUGAAACCAAAAUGGAGCUGAUCCAGGUUAUGAAGUGUUUAUUACAUGUACAACAGUGACAGGAACAUUAAGUAGGUAAUGGUGUACAUGUUAGCGGAAAAAUUUGAGAACACGGUGCAGGACGAUGAGUUUAAGGAACAUGAAGCAGGAAAAGGAGAAACAGAUAAGGUCAAAUGUACUGGACUGAGGCUUUAAAGAAAAAGAAAACAAUUAAAAAUAGUUCAAUAAGUAUCUCUCAUAGCACACCUGAAUCAGGUAAAGAAAGGAAAAGAUGGAUUAGACACUGGAUUGAAAUCUUAGAGGGGUUUAAACAGAAUGCAACUGACUUUACAAACCUGUACUUGAUGUGUUUUGGUCCAAAUCAGUGGAUGAUUUGGUCAGUUUUGUUUUUUUUUCACACAGAAGGAUACAAAAUGCAUAAUCACAAGCCACAGGAGAACAUUUCUUCAUCUCAUUGGUUAGAUAUGCAUGGUUCAGGGGGCGAUAAACAUGGAAGAACAUCUCAGAUCAAACCAAAUUAGUCCAGAUGAGAAGAAACCGAUGCUUACUUUUGGCUCCAAUGGGUUAAAAUGAUGUAUAAGUUAAAACCUACCACUCUUGCCUUUACAAAUUUGCGGUAAAUUGAACAAUUUAGGGACAGAAAUGCCAUGAGGAUAUAAUAUUUGAACUUCAAGAAAAAUUAUCUUUGAUUUGAGGACUUUUUGAGCCUAGUUCUACUAAAUAGAAAUAAGAGGAAAGUGGUGGAGAAUAAGUGAGAGGUGGGUGUUUAGUGUUAGCUGCUGUGAUCCAGGUCUGUUCUCUGUACUGACAAAAGUACUAAAGUUAACAUGCUGUAUAUCUAUAUUCUGAUGAAUCCUGCUCUGUGUCAUUCCUCCUGUCCAUAUAGCCCAUGAAGCAUACCCUUGUAAAGAAAUGUUAGUUUACCUUAAAUCCUCAGAUGGUUCUAGACGCUGAAUUGUGUGAAACUACUGUCUUUUUGGUCCAUUUUCCUUUCUGACCCACAACAUAAGCCCCUUUUCCACCAACAUAUCCAGGAACUUAUUUACCUGGGUAAUUUGUGAGCCUUCGUGUUUCCACCGCACCUCUAAGUUCCAGAAAAUGUAUUGAAAUCAGGCUGAUGGCAUAUGGGGGAAUGGUAAAAAAACAAAACAAAACAAAAAAACUGCACUACACCUCCAGUCCAGCAGAUGGCAGUAAAAAUAAAAGACACCUAAGGCCAAACAAUCCCAAUGACGCCAUAAACGACGACUGAAAAUCCUGUAUCAUUACAUUAUUUGUGUGACACAGUAUGCCAGGAUGGAGGAUGCUUGAGUUCUUUUGUUGUUCCUCAUGUUUUACUACAUCGCAAAUAAAAGCUGGAUUAAACAUCGGGAAGUACGAAACGGUGAAAGUGACUUCCACCAGUCAGUGUUCUUCAGUACACAGCCCCUUCCCUCAAGAAUUCUGGGGAAUCUGUGAAGUCCUAUCCCCCUUAUAGGAACUUUUUUGAGUUUUUUAACUUUUUUCUGGGUAAUUUUGGUGGAAACGUGCUGAGGCUCUUCAAAAUCCCAGGUAAAUGAUAAAAGUUCCAAUGGUGGAAAAGGGGGACUUUAUUUAUAUUUCCUGAGUAUAUUUACACUCGACUGCCAGGACAAAAAUGUGCUGUAUAUUUAGCUAAACCUGAACCCCUCAAACUGGUACAUUUUCGCUUUGAGCGGUGACUCUACGACAUGCUUUUCCAUCAGUAUGGACAGGAGAAAUGCUAACAGCAACCGGUACUGGUUUAGUGUGUGAGAAUGGGAAUCGCUGUGCAUUAUGGGUUGUGGCGCCGCCAUCUUUGGAGGAUGGUGCACGUAGCAAUGGUAGCUGUAACUGUACGUCACAGGGUUCGAUAUUAAUUAUGCCAACUACGGCGCCGGUAACAACACACAAAAAUAAUGUGGCAAGAGGUUGUAUUCAUUAGAGACACUGAGCCCGUUUACAUCCACACUAAAACUCCGAUCAUUAUCUGAUUUCUGGAUUUAUCAGAUUAUUCCA